CUAAACUUGACCAAAAAUAAAUUAAUUCACCUUCUUUCGAAAAGCCCUUGCCGGCCAUUUUUUUUAAUUCAAUUCUUAUUCUCUUGUGUUUCAGCUGGUUCUGUAACUUCAAGCGUCUUUCUCUAUCUCUUAUUCCCCACAAUAUCUUGUCUCUUGAGUAUCUCUUCAAGCAUCACGCCACUGCGUAUUAAACCUCGUCACAAUGAAGACUACAAUCUUUGUCACGCUUCUUUCUGCUGCUGCGUCUAUCGUCAGCGCCGGCAUCGUCGUUACGCCUGUGUUUUUUGACCAGAUUGUUGAGAAGCUCUCUGGUGAUUGUCCCUUUGGCGUUGUCACACCUCAGGGCUGCGCUCGUCAGCGUGGUUAGAGGGUCAGGUCACGGAGUGGAAAAGAAGUAUUUUGUUACGGGAUAGACCCAGGUCUAAGGAACUGUUCAACUUGGGCGUGCCAUUCUUUGAUGGACGAAGAAAUAAUACCAUUCAAGCGUGUCUUUUAUUU